AUGAUUCCGGACUGUGACCUUGGCAGAGGCGCCUCUGCUCCUCCUUCCCCCUUCUUUGCCCCAUGGGCGGCUGGCCGGGGAGGACAGCCACGUGCCCCGUCGCCUCUGUCCAGGCGUGAGGGGGAGGUUUGGGCAGCGCGAGCCUUAUCUGGCCCGGCCGACAGCAGCCUUUUUAAGGCGCGAGAGCAGAGGCUUGGGCUGCUUAGUCAGAGCAGGAGCCCGACGGGAGCGCAGAAGGAGGUAGCGGAGCGCUGGGCGCUUGGGUGCCUGCCUGCCUGUCUGCCGGUCUUGCCUGUCUGUUUGCCUGACUGUCUGUCUGUCUCGGUGUGCCUGACUGCCUUUCAGCUUGCCUUUCAGCCUGCCUGCCUGCCUAGUCGGGGCGCCAACUUGCCUGUCGGGGUGCGCUCUGGAUUUCAUGUGUUUGCGUGCUGGCGCGCUCUGGCGCGCACAGAUAGUUUAGACCUGCAGGAGAUCCGAGUGAGUAGCGGACCAACUAUUCCAAGCAGAUCCCGGGAAGACCAGGUCCAGCUCAGAGACACCAUGACCACUUCAUACCGCUGCUGGAAAGCCAAGAAUGACUAUCUUAUGGCUCUGAAGUCAAAUGAAAUCUUCCAGAGUCUUAAGACAGAGGAGGUCCAUGAGUUCCAAGAGCCUUCUAGGAUCCUUGAGAUCCAAGGCAUCCAUAAAGCCCAAGAGACCGAUGAGGCCAGAGAAAGCCAGGAGGCCCAAGAAGCUCCAGAUGGUAAGGACUGUAAGAUCCUUGAGCCCCAAGGAUCCCAUGAUCCCCGUGAGCCUCAAGUUAUCAAUGAGGCCCAAUUCAGCUAUGAAAUUUUGAGGUUUGUUGACGCUGGUGAAACCAGUGACAUUUUUUCAGGAGGGAAAAAAUCCAAACUUCAGACUUUCAAGGACUUUUUUUCCAAAAAGAAGAUAUUUCCUAAGGUCCCGAGAAGGAACAACCUGCAAACUAGCCAGUCCAGCAGUAACAUCUCCAUUUCAGAGCUUGGGGUGUUUCAUUCCUUAAUUCAUUCAGGGUCCAAAGGCAACAUGGGGAACAAAUCCUUGUCUCACGAAAGCAUCUUUAUGCUGGACUCAGUCCUGGGAGACUCUUCCCAGGAUGACCCUACUGAGAAAUCUGGAACCUUGCAGGUUUCCAGUGUUGAUCAGGACCAGAGCUCCAAGAGUUUAUCUGGGACAGAUGUGGAGGGAGUGAGUUCCUCAUCGGCACCAGACUCAUCCACAUCUGCCUCUCAGACCAGCUGUGAGCUCCCCAUUGAUUUCAGUACUACAGCCAACCCCCUGGGUUGCUUGGACACCUCAGCUGCUCGACACAAGAUGGCACUGAACCCGAGGAAACAAACAAUGAAAAGGGAGCUACAAAGGGCAAGGAUGGAAAAAGAAAAGGAAAAGGGGGCACAGGCAAGUGUCCCAAGGGCUGAAGGAGAGAGUGGUAAUGACCAGCAAGCAAAGGGGAACCAGAAGGCUGGAGACUCUCAAGGCCCAGGUCCUUCUGUCUCAGACCACAGCAGUGACAAGGAGAGUCAUUCUAUGAUCAUGCCAGACCUGGUGCCCAGAUCCAAUAGGGCCAAACAGCGAGGUCACCUGAGAGCUGUAGCUCUUGGUACCACCUCUGGGCAAAAGAGGGCCAGCCCUUCAGAAUCCUCUCAUGCUAAUAUUGAGGCAGCCUCCAGACCAAAAGUCCUGCCUAGGCAAAUGAGUCCUUUUUUCAUCAAAGACAAUACAGCAUCAAGACCUUUCCAAGACCUUUCCAGGGAACCCAUCUUCCCAUCACGCUUCCCCAAAUGUAAAGUCAUCGGGAUGUCCAGACCUUCAGAACGAAGAUCAUCUUGGGACAUCCCUUCCUAUUUUCUCAGCCUGGAAAAGAGGAGUGAUACCAUACCUGUAGAACGCAAAUGGGCACCAUUGCUGAAACUCUUCCCUGACUCCAAUGGAGGUUCCCUGGGCAGCCGAAGAGGCAAUGAGAAUCAGUAUUCUGCUCACAAAGGCUAUUCUACCACUGCUACUUUUGAGCCUUCCAGAAAGAUGACAUUCAACACAGAGAAAUUUUCUACAAUGGAGAAGCCAAAAAUUGAGUCUCCAUUUGGUCUGGUAGCCAGAACCAAGCCAGUCCCCAAAGCACAUGGGGAGGUCCCUGUUGUCCUAGAGAGCGAGGUUCCAAAAGGUCAUUUAGCAUCUUGGCAGAAUCUAUUAAAUGAUAAGUCAUUAGCUGAAGCACACUACGAUGAAUCAGAAGCCCAGACAUACGGUUCCUUACCACCAGAGGCUUCAGCUCCAGAGAGUGCUCAAGCUGCUGCUCACACUCUUCCGAAGCCCUUUGCCCCAGCCACCAAGUCUGUGAGGUUCACUGUGACCCCUGACUGGCCAAAGUCUUUGCCAGAAGCCUCAGGCCUGGCAGCCAAGUCUAAGAAAGAGCCCUGGGCUAGCAGUUCUUCAUUUUCACUGAAACAAGAAGCAUCUUACAAGGCAUUCCAAGGUUUUGAGAGAGACCUGAAUUUCCAAGAAUAUUCCAACCUCGAGAACCCAUUUGGGGUCCGCCUGAAAAGGAUCAACUCUUCCCUGAGUCUGACCAGGAAGAAACCAGAGUUUUCUCGUCUGUCUUCCGUAAUAAAGGAGGAUCCCAAAGCAGCUAACGAGCCUGGACAGGAGCCCUCAGAUUUCUGUCCAGAAUGUCUGAAAGACAUUCUCUUCAAUCUCAAGUUAGAAAAUGAAGACAGACAGCCCUGUGCUGAAGUGCCUUUAGAAAAGGCCGCUGCUGCCCAAUGCAGCUCUGACCUCUCUGAACCUGUGUGGGUCAUGAUGGCCAAGCAAAAGCAGAAAGUCUUCCGGAGAUAUCUUCUGGCCAAAGAACUUGUCUCUCAGAACAAAGCUGGAGCUGAAGCAACUAACAUCUAUAUUGAUGAGUGAUUCCGGGUGGAGAGCAAGAGACAUCUCAGGUGUCUGAAGCUGGAAAAGGACAGCCCUUUCAGCUGCCUUAGUUCAGUCCCACAGCUCCAGCCAGCCACCCUGGUUCUCCUUGGCCAAGAAGAAAACCAAAGCGUGGAGUAAGAUGUCAUAGAUAUAGUUCAAUAAUUCCAUAGCCAAGCCUUUUGGGGCAAGAAUUGCCAAUAGCUUGAUAGUUGUUUCAUGUAGCAAUUUCUUUAUUUUUUAUCAUUUAUUAUUAUUAUUAUUAUUAUUAUUAUUAUUGUUAGCAUUAUUAGCAGUAUUAGUAG